AUGUCGACUGAGUUGAGUGCCGCGAGUCGCGGGCCGAGCAUCAUUGCCGGCAAUCUGACGGUGGCCAUCAUUGCCACGGUAGCCGUGGGUCUACGCGUGCUCGCCCGCAGCCUCAAGAGCAACACCUUUGGGCUCGAUGACUGGCUCAUCUUUCUCGCCCUGCCGUUUGGCUGGGGAAUGGCCAUCGCGACCAUCAUCGCCGUCCAACAUGGCCUGGGUCAACAUCUCACCUACCUGGAGGCCGAGCAUCCCGGGGAACUGCUCAUCGAAGGUCAAGCCUACUGGGCCUCAGAAAUCAUUUGGACCCUCUCCAUCCCCCUGAUCAAAAGCUCCAUUCUCCUGCUCUACAUCCGCAUCUUCGGCAAGGUCCGCCACUUCCGGAUGACCGCCUACGCCCUGGGCACCUUUUCGGUGUGCUGGGCGAUCAUGGUCCUCCUGGUGAUCAUCUUCCAAUGCCACCCAGUCGAGAAAGCCUGGGCGCCCGCGACCCCGGGCCACUGCAUCAACUCUUGGCUCUUCUUCGUCAUCGGCUCGUCCAUGAACUGCGCCACCGACAUCGCCAUCCUGGUCCUCCCGAUCCCGUCGGUGUGGCGCCUGCACCUGUCCCGCAUGCAGCGCGUCUCCCUGGUGGGUAUCUUCCUGCUCGGUUCACUGUCGUGCGUCUUCGGACUGGUGCGCUUGGGGACCAUGAUCUCCGAACGGAACAGCGUGGAUGCGACCUGGGCGCUGGCCAAUGUCGCCAUCUGGUCGACGGCGGAACCGUGCCUGGGGAUCACGGCCGCGUGUCUCCCCACGCUGCGGCCGCUGUUCGCGGUGGUCUAUGGCUCGUUGACGACGUCGGGCAAAUCCGUGACCGGGAGUCGCGGGACCGGGGCCGGGACGGGCACGGGUCGUCAGUCGGGGAAUUUUGGGGGGCAUGAUGAUUUCCAGCCGUUGUCCGAGGCCACGGUGGAUGCGGAUAUCGAGGCAUUAGAGCGCGACAGUGUCGGAUCGCGUACCCAGGUGCUGGUGCCCAUGAAGGGGAUCAAUGUGAAAACCUCGACCGAGUGGAAGGUGUUGACGCGGUGAGGCAGCGGAUGUUGCGGGAGGGAAUAAAUGUGGGUGGAACGGGGGUUCGUUACGGAUACACCAAAUAUAUAUAUGUCCAGUCUUGCCUGGUAGUCUACCCGCGUAUGCCUCUGCCCUCAUAUCGUUCUCCAUGGAGUUUUCUUACUACCACCCUGGGCUUUUUUACCACCCCCUGUCUCAUAGUCGUCUUAGACUUCCUAUCCAGAUCCCCCCUUGAAUUGAAGAAAUAAGGGUCG